UCUGCCCCGUGUCUGAACAUAUCUUCUACUCGCAAAUAGUUACAUCUAAGUUGCACUUUUGCUUUUUUAUUUCCAUUUUCGGACACCUCUUUUAUCAUCCAGCCAGCUGGGACAGACAAAGCACUGUUGGUGCUCUGAGCGACAGAACUCUGGUAGGGGGCUGGCUGUAAAUUGACGUGGCAUGGAAAUUCUCCGCUAAGUUGUAGCAGCUUGCGUGUUUCUCUAAAAUCAAGCCCAGCCUCCCGGAGCUGUAGCUAAAUCAUGGGUUCAAUGACUUUACAGAAAAAUGGAUAGUAAAAGUCUCCAGCUCCUUUCUUUGUACCCAAAUGUUUUCUUUUUGGGUAUCUAUGAUUUAGCUGAAAACAAAAUCAAAGCAGUAAAGUCUGUAACUUUCUUUUUGCAGCUUAAACAACAGAAUUUGCUGCUUUCCCUCCCCUUUCCUGCAAUUUAAUUCUUUGCAGAUUUUGCAAUGGGGUGCGGACUUAGAAAGCUAGAAGACCCUGAUGAUAGCAGCCCUGGAAAAAUAUUUUCUACCCUGAAGAGACCGCAAGUGGAAACAAAGACAGAAUUUGCUUACGAAUAUGUAUUGCUGGAUUUUACAUUGCAAGCUUCAUCAAACCCAGAAGUCAUCAAGAUAAAUUCAAUUCUGGAUAUAGUAGCAAAAGUGGAUGACUAUUAUCUUAAGGGAUAUGUUGUUGGGGCUAUUCAUCCUGUCAUACAACCUGUGGGGCAGCGAAAACACCUCCCAGCAAAUUACCUGUAUAGGGUGGUGCUAUUGCGCUUAAAAUUAAGCCCCAAGCAUCCAGCAGCACCCAGUGGACAAAAACGCCCAAGGCUUGUGAUUGAGGAAUGUCCUCUAACUUAUGAGACACAAACAAAUGAUGUAGCAAAAGAGCUGAUAGAAAAGAUUAAUGUCGCUGCUAAAAAAGGAAUGAAAUUUGUUGGGUUCAUACCACAACAUUAUCCAUCUAAAUUCUGCAAUGGAACCAACCAUGACGGAGAUCUAGAAUCAAUGCUACAUGUGAGACACAGUUCAGAAGAAAACUGUAAAAGUUGGAAUGAAGGAACUUUAAGCGGGCAAUCAUCUGAAAGUGGAAUUGAAGAAGAACUUGCUCACGAAAGCAAACAGGAUCAAACGGAACAAAAUGGCAGCCCCACUUCCUCUAAAUCAAGAAAAGAAGAUAACAAGUUGUAUAUAGCCUUCAAUGCUUUUGAUGAUGAUUCAACCUGCUGGACCUAUCAGGAAGGCAUCCUUUCAAUGAAAGUAACAAGAAAAGGAGCUGUCAUCAGUACACUUGAUGCUGAUUGGCUGGAAUUAACUACAUUUUAUUAUAAGCAAGGCUUGUCUUUAAUUGAUUCUUUUGUAUCCUGGGAAACAUCUAAAGGAGACCAUUUGUCUAAAUCUUUGGAAGGAUUUUUUAUCUAUGAAGAAGAAGGCUCUGGAGUUCCAGGUUCUGAUAGGAAAGGAAAUGACGCCAUUGUGGUAGAACAGUGGACUAUCAUUGAGGGCUGUGAAAUCAAAACGGAUUAUGGCCCUCUGUUGCACACACUGGCUGAAUUUGGAUGGCUUCUGACAAGCGUGUUGCCUACACCCAUACUGAGACAUGACAGUGAAGGAAAUUUGGCUACAAAGCAGAUCGUAUUUCUUCAGCGGCCAGUUACGUGGACAGCUGCUCAAACACCAGAAAGGAAGGGCAGCCGGCAUUUGAAGAGUGAAGACAGGAGCAAAGUCAGCAGCAGGAGCGUGGGGUCAGACACGGCCCUGUCACUGCCCACGGAGGGCAGACCCCUGCCGGAGGAGUGCCUCCUCUCCGCUUCCAGAGAGUGCUGGACGCGGGAGGGGCGGCCAGCCCUGAACAGCGGCUUCUCCGGGGGCAGCAGCAGCCACAGCGUCCUCCGGGAGUUAGACGAGGGACAGUUUGACCAGGAGGACGGAGUGACUCAGGUCACUUGCAUGUGAGCCGCAAGGUGAGGCAAUGCGAGGCCCUGUAAAUAUUAAAAUAAAUGCCAGGAAUCCUGUAUUUCAUUCUCUGCAUUUAUGUAAUAUUUCUGAAUUUUUCCAGACUCAGCCGUCCCUCUAAACUGUGUAAACUUUGGCUCAACCUCCUGGACAAGGAAGAAUAACCAGUGUAUUUGUAAAUGUAGUCAUGUGUAUGCUUCUCUCAAGUACAACAUCUGGUUAAACGGAUGUCCCAUUGGGCUAUUAAGCAAUGAUUUACUUACGUUUCUCAUGAAUGUACAAAGUAUACAAUUCCUAGUAAAAAGAUUGAUUAUCUUAACCAGUAUUUUACCUAAUUUGAGAGUUCUCAAGGAAAUCAGUCCACUUAAGAUGAAAAAUAAUUCUCUCUCUCUCUCUCUCUCUCUCUCACACACACACACACA